AUGCCGCCCCGCCGCGUCCCGGCGCCCGGUGCGCAGCUGCUGCCCACGUCGGCCCUGCUGCUCUUGCUGCUCGGCGCGGGGCCCCGCGGCGGCUGCCUGGCCAGCCCGGUGCCCGCCGCGCCCCUGCCCGCGCCCGGGCCGUGCGCCGCGCAGCCCUGCCGGAACGGGGGCGUGUGCAGCCCGCGCCCCGCGCCCGGCCCGCAGUCCCCGGCCCCUGCGGGCGAGCCCGACUACAGCUGCACCUGCCCCGCCGGGGUCUCCGGCGCCAACUGCCAGCUCGUGGCGGAUCCUUGUGCCAGCACCCCCUGUCACCAUGGCAACUGCAGCAGCAGCGGCGGCGGCGGCGGCGGCGGCGGCAGCGGGGGGGGCUACCUCUGCAUUUGCCACGAAGGCUAUGAAGGUCCCAACUGUGAACAGGCGCUGCCCAGCCUCCCCGCCUCCGGCUGGACCGAAUCCAUGGCCCCCAGGCAGCUGCAGCCUGCCCCCGCCACCCAGGAGCCCGACAUCAUCCUGCCCCGCUCUCAGGCCACCGUGACCCUGCCCACCUGGCAGCCCAAAACAGGGCAGAAAGUUGUAGAAAUGAAAUGGGAUCAAGUGGAGGUCAUGCCAGAUAUUGCCUGUGGGAAUGCGAGUUCUAACAGCUCUGCUGGUGGCCGCCUGGUAUCCUUUGAAGUGCCACAGAACACCUCAGUCAAAAUUCGGCAAGAUGCCACUGCCUCGCUGAUUUUGCUGUGGAAGGUCACGGCCACGGGAUUCCAACAGUGCUCCCUCAUCGAUGGACGGAGUGUGACUCUCCUCCAGGCCCCCGGGGGCCUGGUCCUCUUGGAGGAGAUGCUCGCCUUAGGACAUAACCACUUCAUCGGUUUUGUGAAUGAUUCUGUUACUAAAUCUAUUGUGGCUUUGCGCCUAACUCUGGUGGUGAAGGUCAGCACCUGUGUGCCAGGGGAGAGCCAUGCAAAUGACAUGGAGUGUUCUGGAAAAGGAAAAUGUACCACAAAGCCAUCAGAGGCAACGUUUUCCUGUACCUGUGAGGAUCCGUACGUGGGCACUUUCUGUGAAGAAUUUGAUGCCUGCCAGCGGAAGCCCUGUCAGAACAACGCCGAUUGUGUGGACGCAAAUGAGAAGCAAGAUGGGAGCAAUUUCACCUGUGUCUGCCCUCCUGGUUAUACUGGAGAGCUUUGCCAAUCCAAGAUUGAUUAUUGUAUCCUAGAUCCAUGCAGAAAUGGAGCAACGUGUGUUUCUAAUCUCAGUGGAUUCACCUGCCAGUGUCCAGAAGGAUACUUCGGCGCUGCCUGCGAGGAAAAGGUGGACCCCUGUGCCUCGUCCCCAUGCCAGAACAACGGGACCUGCCACGUGGACGGCGUGCAUUUCAGCUGCAGCUGCAGCGCGGGCUUCACGGGGCCAGCGUGCGCCCAGCUCGUGGACUUCUGCGCGCUCAGCCCCUGCGCGCACGGCACCUGCCACAGCAUGGGCACCAGCUAUAAAUGCCUCUGUGACCCAGGUUACCACGGCCUCUACUGUGAGGAGGAAUAUAACGAGUGCCUCUCUGCCCCUUGCCUGAACGCCGCCACCUGCAGGGACCUCGUUAACGGCUAUGAGUGCGUGUGCCUGGCGGAAUACAAAGGAAUACACUGUGAGUCGUACAAGGACCCCUGCGCUAACAUCAGCUGUCUGAACGGAGGCACCUGUGACGGCGAGGGCCUAAAUGGCACCUGUGUCUGCGCACCCGGGUUUACAGGUGACGAGUGUGACAUCGACAUCAACGAAUGUGACAGUAACCCGUGCCAUCACGCCGGCACCUGCCUGGACCAGCCCAAUGGUUACACCUGCCACUGCCCUCAUGGCUGGGUGGGUGCAAACUGCGAGAUCCACCUCCAGUGGAAGUCGGGUCACAUGGCGGAGAGUCUCACCAACAUGCCCCGGCACUCCCUGUACAUCAUCAUCGGGGCCCUCUGUGUCGCCUUCAUCCUGAUGCUGAUCAUCCUCAUCGUGGGCAUUUGCCGCAUCAGCCGCAUCGAGUACCAGGGCUCUUCCAGGCCAGCCUACGAGGAGUUCUAUAACUGUCGCAGCAUCGACAGUGAGUUCAGCAAUGCCAUCGCCUCCAUCCGGCAUGCCAGGUUUGGAAAGAAAUCCCGGCCUGCGAUGUACGACGUGACCCCCAUUGCCUAUGAGGACUACAGCCCCGAUGACAAACCCCUGGUCACGCUGAUUAAAACGAAAGAUUUGUAAUCUUUUUGGGGGGAUUAUUUUUC